CCUUUUGACCGGAAAUGGUGGGAAUCUGUAGAACGAAAGUGUGCAGAUAGAAACGAGCAGGGAAAUCUAAGGGCGACGGAGAUCAGAAGUCUAACAGAGGUCCAAACUUUUACGGAGAGAAAAGAUAGGAUUGCAUUCUGCAUCCAGUCCUCCAAGCUAUCUCAGUCGUCCUGUUUGAGUUCAUCCUAUAAAGAAAAAGAAGCUGUUGAUUUUGCGGGGAAAGACCAUGAAAGUUAAGAUUUUGCGCUUUCAAACAGAGUGGCAUGCUGUUGCUUCUUGGACUUGGGAUGCCCAGGACGAAACAUGUGGGAUUUGUAGGAUGGCAUUUGAUGGUUGUUGUCCUGAUUGUAAACUCCCUGGGGAUGAUUGCCCUCUAAUGUGGGGUGCUUGCAACCAUGCGUUCCAUCUCCAUUGCAUCUUGAAAUGGGUGAAUUCACAGACCUCUCAAGCACAUUGCCCCAUGUGUCGCAGGGAAUGGCAGUUCAAAGAAUAAGCUGAUUAUCUCCCCAAAAUUUUGGUGGGAAUGGGGGUUAAAUCUUUUUAUCUCGUGCAAUUUUGUUCUUAGACUUGGUAUUUUGCCUCGGUUGUGAUUUUUUGCUUUCUUUGAUGGUUAUGUGUUUAUCAUUAAACUUCUAUGGUACGCAAAUGAGAGAGCUGCUCUAAUGAUCUGGGGCAGCUCUUUUACCCGUAAACCAUGCUCAUGCAUCUCCCGUGGGAAGAUCAUCUGGAUGUAAAAUAGAAAUUAAGCAGGAAGAAAACAUCGGUCUCCUACGUAUGCAAGACUUGCUUUCUGAUGGAGGUUUUGUGAGGAUUAAUUAUUUAUUAUUUCAUGCGAGAUGGAUGAUGCAUAUUAUUAUUUGUACACAAUUCAACUAAGCUAUCCUACUGGCUGCUUUGUACGCCAUGGUAGCUGAGAAGAAGCGUUUGAUGGGAUUAUCCAAGUGCCUGUGUACAAAAAUUGUGAAA